AUGGAUCGUCUAGAUCGUGUCGAGCGUCUUCCCCCAAACAGCUCAGUUGGCCAGUUUUCCUUUGCUCCUACCACUCAAACUACCGUCAUUACAACAACCACAACAACCACUACGAACUUCCCUCCACUGGUCAUGAAAAGCCCCGGUUCGUCCAAACUUCUUGACCCCAAGAUUUACCCUCUAGCCGCUACUCCCACCCCUGAUUCGAUAAGAGACAUCCAUUUUGAGCUUGGUGACACCUCAAUCGUCUUCAAUGAGUCCGAGGAUUCGGCAGACACUUUCGAAAAGUCGAAAGCGCAGAGCGAAGCCCUGAAAGUAUCUGAUGGUCUUAUUCGGUCUAUAUCAACCUAUGAUUCGCGAAAAACCUCCAUACCCAAACGCUCACGUCCCGCAGAGGAUCCACGCCAAAGACUGAGACGACGCCCAGUAUCUCCGAUUUCUCUACCCGAAUCUUCUCAUGAAAUGAAACGGACGCGUUCUUCCACCGCUCUUGCGGCCGACUCCAACAACCGUCGUCGCAAUGCACAGUCACACCUGGACGCUGCUCGACUCAACAAGGAAGUUGGUUUGACUACUCCAGAAACAGAACACAACAGCUUCAAUUUGAGUAGCGAUCAGAGCUAUCGUCGACGAAUCUGCAGUUUGGGUUCUUUUGGAAAAUCAUCCUUCGAAUAUUCUCCCAAAUCUUUGGCGGAAGAAAACCAAAAACUCCAGAGUCCGUUACCACACUUGCACAAAGACAAGGGCCACCAAGCCCAGAAAUCUCCACUGUUUGAGCGCCGAGCUGGAUUUAAUACUGAGGAGCUUUCUUGUCGAUCUAUAACAAACGAUAAUAUUAAUUGUAAUUCGAAGCAGCUGGGUAGUAAUGUGGGGCAGCCUAUAUUGAGGCAGACGCGUAGAAGCUGUUCAGCGGCAAAUUCGACCACGAGGACGACUCAGGCUCCAGCUGGACGCCUAAAGGCCGUUGAUAGUCUUGCUGCCCAAGAUAUGUGCCUUCCAAGUCCGAGUCUCUCCCCCAUAAUGGCUUUGAAUGCUCAAAGUCUUGAUACCUCUUUCGAAGAACAAACGAGUGACACAGAUUCUAGUUUUGAUCACUGCUCAAAAGCGCAAAAGGGAACUACGGGAUGUGCGCUCGCCAAAGGCCACUUUGGGAAAGGGGUAGCUAAUGCUGCUGUUUCAUCAUCACAGGCUUUGUCAUUGAUGGAUAUGCCUUUGAUGCUGGAUUAUUUUGAGUCUAUCCCGGACAAGCUAAAAACUUACAUGAUGUACCAGCUGUUGCGAAGAUGUCCAAAGCCGACGUUACGCUUUGUGGUUGGCGUCGUCGAUCCAGCUCUCAAAUGUGAUUUCCUAGCUCUUCUCCCUCUGGAGCUCAGUCUCAAUAUUGUCAAGUACUUCGACGUUAAAACUAUGUGUCGAGCUUCGCAGGUUUCGAAGAAAUGGAGGCACAUCAUUAACUCGGAUGAAAAGUCCUGGAAAGAACUCUUCGAGGCAGCUGGAUAUGUUUUACCGCGAGGAGAGCUACAUCGUGCUAUCGAGGAAGGCUGGGGAUGGCAGUGUCCAUAUCCAGGGGAUGAGGAAAAGGAUCUUCGCUCUCAGACUGCUCUUAAAUCUGAUAGCGAGAACUCUUCUGAAUCUACCUCGUCCUUGGCAUGGUUAUCGUCGCGGAAAACGAGACAGAGCCUGGGUCCUUUGUCGGUCGGCUCCCGACGACCCAAACGGAAAGCGACAACAAGGGUUACAAGUCGAAAGCUGGCUAAGAGGAAGUCUGGAGUAUCCGCUCAACCUGAACAUCUAGAGCCUAUCGGCUUGAUGGACAACUUGAUCGCUGCAGAGAGCCCGUACGCUGCAGCCAAUGCCGCGGCAUUGGCAGUUCCGUAUCCUGAAGUUGGGCUACCAUCCCUACGAAGCUUGCACCUCUACAAAUCUCUAUAUCAGAGACACCAUCUAAUUCAUAAAACAUGGAUGCGAGACGACGUCAAACCCAUGCAUAUUGCUUUCCGUGCUCACGACCGUCACGUCGUUACUUGCCUACAAUUCGAUACAGACAAGAUUCUCACUGGAAGCGAUGAUACCAAUAUUAAUGUGUAUGACACCAAAACCGGAGCGUUACGAGCUACACUUGAAGGCCAUGAAGGAGGUGUAUGGGCGUUGGAGUAUCAUGGCAAUACACUUGUUUCAGGAUCUACGGAUAGAUCGGUCCGUGUGUGGGACAUUGCAGCCGCUGAGUGCACCCAGGUCUUCCAAGGACACACCUCCACUGUCAGAUGUUUGCAGAUCUUGUUACCUGUUGCAAUUGGAAAAUUGCCGGAUGGAACGCCAAACAUGAUGCCAAAACAGCCGUUGAUCAUAACAGGCUCUCGGGAUUCGAACUUGCGGAUUUGGCGACUUCCUCAAAAGGGAGAUCCGCGCUAUUUCGACAACGGCUCUGACGCUGACAAUCCCUACUUUGUUCGUUCAUUAACUGGUCAUCAACAUUCUGUGCGGGCUAUUGCAGCCCACGGCGAUACCCUGGUUAGUGGAAGCUACGACUGUACAGUGAGAGUCUGGAAAAUAUCAACUGGCGAGGCGCUUCAUCGCCUCCAAGGCCAUACCUUGAAAGUUUACAGCGUGGUGUUGGAUCACAAAAGAAACCGCUGCAUCAGUGGAUCCAUGGAUAACAUGGUUAAAAUCUGGUCCCUUGAAACAGGUGCAGUUUUGUACAACCUUGAAGGGCACACAUCUCUUGUGGGACUUUUGGACCUUCAUUCAGACAAGCUGGUAUCAGCCGCAGCUGACUCCACACUGCGGAUUUGGGAUGCGGAAAAUGGACAUUGUCAGAGUGUACUUAGCGGCCAUACCGGCGCCAUCACCUGCUUUCAACACGACUACCAGAAAGUCAUCUCUGGCUCUGAUCGUUCUUUGAAGAUGUGGGACGCUCGGACUGGAGAAUUUAUCAAAGACCUACUCACCGAUCUGAGUGGAGUUUGGCAAGUUAAAUUUAAUGAUAGGAGAUGCGUUGCCGCUGUCCAGCGAAACAGGUUGACCUAUAUUGAGGUACUUGACUUUGGCGCAUCUCGCGACCGUAUCCCUGUUGACCGUCUCGGGACGCGUAUCGUCGUUGAUAGAAAUGGGGAAGAGACCGGAGAAGAUGAAGGUCUUGCGGACCGCGGAAGUUCAGACAUCUAA